AUGGGCGGAGGAGGCUGCUGCCAAAAGCGGCCGAGGUUUUUGUGUAUCUUGAGGGGUAACGGUUCUCCAUCUUCAGCCGUGAAUAAAGCUCUGAAGCCCCCGCGCGAUUUCGCCCUUACAGACCUCUCCACUCUCACAGCUCCUCCUCCUCCUAUACUGGCAGAAAGACCCACCCUCGAACUCCGGGAAGCCGGGCCGUGGCUGGAGCUGGCUGCAGUGGCAGCCCUUUUCCAAGCCGAGAAAGAAGAGCCAAGCUUGAGCGCCAUCACUGCCUGGGCGCCUGACCUGCUGGGAGGCAGUGAAACCAGGCAGCCACACGGCAGUGCGAAUUUCCAAGAUGGUGCCGAUGGCAUCCUCAAAGCUGAACUGAACAAGUGUCUCACCUGGGUGCCAGCCAAAAGAAACUCUGGAGUUGACGUCUGCCUUACACCAACCGGGACAGAAGUCAUUAUCUUGGUCUCCAGGACCCAGAAUGUUCUUGAUGAGAAGUGCUGGUGGAUCCAGGAAUUGACCACUGUGCUUCAGAAGAGGUUUGGCUCCCCUGGGGGCACUGUAGAGCUUUAUACUGAAAGCAGAGCUCUGUGUGCCAUCACAUAGGCAGAACCUCUGUGUUAUAGGCUCCUGGGAGGGCUUGCUGUGCCGAAGGACUGCUCCGGUGUGCUGUGGCUCCUCCUGGAAUGUCGGGCCACAGGCUGCUAGGUCGUGGAGCCUGAGAUCCGAGGACAGAGGGGUAAGUCCAUGAAGUUUGUGGAUGGCCUGAUGAUCCACCGUGUGGACCAUGUUAACUCCUAUGCAGAUACUGCCAUGCCUUUGCUGCUCAGACAGGGUGUGCUGCCCAUCAAAGUGAAGAUCAUGCUGCCGUGGGUGAACCCCCUGCCUGACCCCCUGAGCACUGUGGAACCCAUAGAUGAGACACUGCCCAGCAUUCCCAUCCUUAACCCCGAACAAAAGAGAGCGAAGUCAGAGCUGCCUGCCAUGCCAGCCAGCCCCCACAGCAUAACAGGGUCUCCUUGGCAGCUGGAUCUGAAGUUUGGAUGUUAA